AGUUGAGAUUGAACCAUCUUCCCUGCUUCAUCAGCAAUGAUCCUCCAAAAAAUCCUCCGAAAGUUUCUCCUUCUAUUCUGUAGUUUCCACUUCAUUAAAGGCUUUUCGGUAAACUCUACGGAUUUUGUGGACUCAAACCCAUCAAGUAAAGGACUUGUGAAUGAUACAGUUAAUUUACGUGGUACAUUGAGGUAUUCAGGAAUAAAAUGUGGAUCCCAUGAAGAUUUCCUCACGUGUGGCCCUUCGUGUGAAAUUGAUUGUCUAACAAUUGGAACAUCGUGCGAACCAACAGAUUGCCAACCAGGAUGUUUUUGUCGUCCAGGAUAUGUACGAGAAUAUCCUGGGGGAAAAUGCAUUUCCCAAAAACGAUGCGCAAGACCUUCAUGUCCAAAGCACGAGGAGUUUUUAUUUUGUGGAGAAGCUCCCCUUUGUCAAACAACAUGCGAAAACUACGGGCAGGCAUGUGACAUAAAACGUUCAGCAAAUUGUCCUCAGGGAUGCUACUGCAAGCAUGGCUAUGCACGACAUCCACGAAGCAAUCAAUGUGUUCAUGUGAAGAAUUGUCCCACAAUUGAGUACGUAACACAUAGGAUUGUUACAACGUCCUCAACACCAACAACAACAACAACAACUACCUCAACAACUACCCCAAAAAUAAGACCUCCAACAUACUCAACGACAACCCCAAAGACAAAAAUAACAUCAACAACGACUAAGAAAACAAUCCCAACAACAUACUCGACUUUUUACCCUAUUAAAUAUCCAACAACUUACCCAACAACACAUACAACGAAAUACACAACAAAAUACCCAACAACAUAUCCUACAUCAACGACAAAAGAGAAAACGUCAACAACCCCAAUAAUAUAUCCAACAGAGACAACAACAGACACAACAACAACUCAAAAAGUCAAAACAACAACGUCAAAAACAAAGACAACAACAACCCCAAGUCCCACAACAACAUCAACUACAGACAAUCCUUCAGAGAUUUGUUCAAAACAUGAAGAAUACGUCGAAUGUGGACCUCCGUGCGAAGUUGAAUGCUCCAAUUUAGGUCAAAACUGUCCAAUUCCCAAAGUCAAAUGCACCAGUGGAUGCUUCUGUAAGCCAGGAUAUGCCAGAGAUGAAACAUCUGGCUUAUGUAUUCCUCAGAGAAAUUGCCCAACUCCUUUCUGCCCAAAGUAUGAAGUUUGGUUGCCGUGUGGACAAGCUCCGGAUUGCCAGGAAAUGUGCAGUGGCGUUGACAUCUCGUGCAACAUACGGAAGCAUAGGGGUAAGUGCCCAUCUGGGUGCUACUGUCGCAAAGGCUAUGCUCGUCAUCCUACAACAGGGUUGUGCGUGAAGAAGCGCGACUGUCCCGUUGAACCGGAAUGCAGUGAAAAUGAGACGUACCAAGAAUGUGGAUACAGAUGCGGGGAAGUUUGUGAAGCGAACAGUUGUCAGUAUGAAAAAUGUGAAUCAGGCUGUUUCUGUUCUGAUGGUUUUGUUCGGAUAGGUGGGCACUGUGUCCCCAAGGAGAAUUGUGCUAAAAAAUGUCCUCCAAAUGAGGAGUUUUCUCUAUGCUCAAAGCGCUGCUCCGAGGAGUGCAAUGUACCGGAGAAAUUCUGCAAGAAGGAACCUUGCGUUGAGGGAUGUUUCUGCAUAAAUGGCUACAAGAGGGUUGGAGAUGUUUGUGUCCCUGUGUCCAAUUGUCCUCCACCUAAAUGCUCAAAACCAAAUGAGGUGUACACAACUUGUGGAAAAUCCUGCAAUGAGGAUUGUACAAAAUCAUGGGAAGAUUGCACAGGAGAGCAGUGUCAUGAGGGCUGUUUCUGUGCCAAAGGCUACAAACGAGUCCGCAGACGAUGUAUCCCCGAAGAAGAAUGUAUUUGUCCGGAAAAGGAAGAGUACAAAUGCGGCAAUGAUUGUGAUGAGGACUGCAACAGUUCGUCGACGGAGUGCUGGGAGCAGAAAUGCAGCAACAAAUGCCACUGCAUUGGGAACUACAAGAGAAUCAAUGGAGUGUGUCAACCUCCAGCAAACUGCCAAUGCCCCAGCAAUGAGGAGUACACGUACAGUAGCAAGUGCAGUGAAGAGUGCGGAAAACUCCGAAAUGACUGCACAAAUGCUAAAAAGUUCUUUGGUUGCUUCUGCAAAGCAAACUUCAAGAGAAUCAAUGGGAUCUGUUUGCCAGACACCGACUGCCAAUGCCGACAAAACGAACACUAUGCAUACGGUAACCUUUGUCUCGAGAAAUGUGUUGUCUCACCUGCAGACUGUAAGGAUGUGGACUUUUACCGAUCCUGCUUCUGCCAAUUAGGCUACAAACGAAUAAAUGGUGUCUGUUUGCCUGAAAAGGAUUGCCUAUGUGGAAGGAAUGAAGUAUAUUCACUCGGUAAUGAUUGUUGGGACAACUGCAAGACAAAACCCGAAGAAUGCAAAGCUCUUGCCGUUUACAAAAGAUGCAAUUGUAAGGCAGGAUACAAAAGGAUACAUGGCAACUGCGUCCCAGACUCCCGAUGUCAAUGCAAUCAACACGAGGUGUACAAAUACAGCAGUCGUUGCAAUGAGGUAUGCAACAACAGCACAGUUGACUGCACAAAAGAUGAAUACUUUAAAGGAUGUUUCUGCGAGGAGGGAUAUGUGAGGAGGGAUGGAAAAUGCAUCAAGGGCACUUACUGCGAAUGCGGUGAGAAUGAAGAAUAUGUAAACAGCAACACCUGCUCCGAGGAUUGCAGUAAAACAUGGCUUGAUUGUCGCAAUGUUGCGAGUUCCUUCACAUGCACCUGCAUCAAGAAUUUCAAAAGAAUUAACGGAAAAUGUGUUCCGGAUGUGAACUGUCCUUGCUCGAGAAAUGAAGUUUAUGCUCAUUCAACAAAUUGUGAGGAAAGUUGUGGAACUACUUCUGAAGAUUGCGACGACACGACAACCAUUGGCAGAUGUUUCUGUAAACCAGGCUACAAGAGAAUCUUGGGAAUUUGCGUAAAGUCCAACCUUUGCCCAUGUGGGGAAAAUGAAGAAUACAAAUUCGGCAAUAGAUGCUAUGAACAAUGUCAAAAGAAAAACGAAUUAUGCCCUUAUAGUCCUCAAUCACAAGGAUGCUUCUGCAAGGAUGGUUUUGUGAGAAUAAAUGGGACUUGCCAGACAUUUGAUCAAUGCUCUUGCAGUGAAAAUGAACAAUACUUUUAUUCAAAUGACUGCCUUGAAUCAUGCGACGGUUAUCCAGGAAAAUGUAGCAAUCUCCCAAUGAAAUAUUCAUGCUACUGCGCACCUGGAUUUAGGAGAAAUAAGAAAGGUCUCUGUGUUGUUGACUCUCAAUGUCCAUGCAGAGACCCCAAUGCUGAGUACAAAAUUGGGAAGAAAUGUGAAAAUAAAUGCAUUCCAACAGCAGAUUGUUCAGAAAAAGAAUACUACAAAGGUUGCUACUGCAAGGAUGGGUACAAAUUCAUCAACGGAAUGUGUCAACCUGAUUCCCAGUGUCCAUGUGACGAAUACGAAACGUACAGAUACGGCGAUCGGUGUAGUGAACAAUGCAAUGAUGGCAGCCUGGAUUGUUCUCAGGACGAAUGCUUCAAAGCUUGUUUCUGUAACGAAGGAUUCGUAAGGAUUAAAGGAAAGUGUGUAAUUGGUCAGAACUGCGAAUGCGGAGAAAAUGAGGCCUAUUUAAACAGCAACGAUUGCUAUCAGGAUUGUAGUAAAACUUGGGAAGAAUGUGAAGCGUUGCCAACAUCAUUCAGGUGUGCUUGCGUCAGGAAUUAUUACAGGAUUAAUGGAACAUGUCAAAUUUAUGAGAACUGUCCUUGCGGUAAAAAUGAGGUGUACCGAUUUUCUAACGAUUGCUUUGAUACUUGUGGAACAAUACCUGAUGAAUGCGCGAAACAAACAUUCCUUAAUAAAUGCUUCUGUAAGCCAGGAUACAAAAGGAUAUUGGGAGUUUGCGUUAAGGAUAAUUUAUGUCCUUGUGACAAAUUUGAAGAAUACAAAUAUGGAGACAGAUGUAGAGAGAACUGUCAAGAAAACUACGACGAUUGUCCAGAUGUGGCAACCGUUCAAGGAUGCUUCUGCAAGGAAGGCUAUGUCAGAGUUAAUGGAACAUGUCAAACAUUUGAAAAUUGCGAAUGUGGAGAUAACGAAGAGUACUCCUAUUAUAACGAUUGUUUAGAUACAUGCGACGGGAAUCCUGACAACUGCAAGGAUAUUCCGAUAGAAGCAUCUUGUUACUGUGCUUCUGGUUACAGAAGAGACAGCCAAGGUAAUUGCAUUCCUGAUUCAGAAUGUCUAUGUAGUGAUCCAAAUUCUGAAUACAAACAAGGCAAGAAAUGUGAAGACGACUGUGAAGAAUCGUCAGACUGUUCAGAACAAGAGUGCUAUAAAGCAUGCUACUGCAAAGAUGGAUACAAGUUAAUCGACGGAAGUUGUCAACCAGAAAUUGGCUGUACCUGUGAUGGAUCAAAUGAACAAUAUUAUGUAUCCAAUGACUGUUUGGAGACUUGUGAUGGAAAUCCAGAAAGUUGUGCGGGAAUUCCCACAGAAAGUGGUUGUUACUGCGCACCAGGAUUUCGCAGAGAUAGUUCAGGAAAUUGUAUUCCUGAUACACAAUGCCCAUGCUCUGACCCAAAUUCGGAAUACAAACAAGGGAAAAGUUGUGAAGAAGAGUGCGAUGAUACGAGAGAUUGUCCAGAUCAAAUAUGUUAUAAAGCAUGUUACUGCAAAAAUGGCUACAGACGAAUUAAUGGAAGUUGUCAACCACAAACUCAGUGUGAAUGCCCAGAAAACGAACAAUAUGGUGUUUUAAAUGAUUGUCUUGAUACGUGCGAUGGUAAUCCCGAUUCAUGCCUCGGAAUUCCAUCAGCAAUGGAUUGCUACUGUGCUCCAGGAUACAAGAGAAUUCAUGGAAUUGGUUGCAUACCAGAAGCUGAGUGUCCAUGUCUUGAUCCUAAUUCAGAAUAUAAACAAGGAAAGAGUUGUGAAUAUGAAUGUAGUCCACCUGAAGAUUGCUCAGAUAAAAUAUGUUACAAAGCAUGUUACUGCAAAGAUGGAUACAAAUUGAUUAAGGGAAAUUGUCAACCAGAAAGUCAAUGUACUUGCAGUGGAACAAAUGAACAAUAUGGAGUAUCCAACGAGUGUUUGGAUAAGUGCGAAGGAAGUCCAAUUAAUUGUCUAAAUAUUCCAACAACUAGUGGCUGUUAUUGUGCUCCUGGUUAUCGACGCGACAGUAAUGGAGAUUGCAUUGUCGAAACAGAUUGUCCUUGCACAGAUUCUAAUUCGGAAUAUAAGCAAGGUAAAAGUUGCCAAGAACUUUGUUUCCCAAUUGAUGGAUGUUCUGAUCAAAUAUUAUUCAAAGCUUGUUAUUGUAAAGAAGGAUACAGAAAUAUUGGUGGAACGUGUUCUCUUGAAGCACAAUGUUGUACAGAUCCAAAUACAGAAUACACAACAUCAAGUGAUUGUUUAGACGAGUGCACAGGAACACCAAAUUCAUGCGCAGGUCAGCCUGAAUACUUAGGUUGCCAUUGUGUACCUGGCUUUAGAAAGGACGCUAGUGGAUUCUGUGUAGCUGAUACCCAAUGUACAUGUGACGAUACAAACGCUGAGUACAAAUCUGGAAAUCCAUGCGAUUUUGAAUGCCUUCCUCAAGCUGAUUGCCCAACCCAGGAGUGCUACAAAGCAUGUUUCUGUAAGCCGGGUUUUAGAUCAUUCGAUGGCACAUGUCAACCUGAAUCAAAUUGCGUAUGUUCAGUUAGUCCAAAUGAACAGUAUGGAUAUUCCAAUCCAUGUCUUGACAGUUGUACUGGAACUGCAGAUUUAUGUGCAGGUCAGCCUGUGACUGCAGGAUGUUACUGUGAACCUGGCUACAAGCGAGACAUAAAUAACGAAUGUAUACCUGAAGCACAAUGCCCAUGCUCUGAUCCAAAUUCUGAGUACAAAUCAAGAAGACCUUGUGAGGAUAAAUGCAUUCCACCAUCAACAUGCCCUACCGAGGAUUGCUAUAAAGCAUGUUACUGUAAGGAUGGAUAUAAAAAUAUUGGAGGGAUUUGUACUCCUGAAGCGCAAUGUUGUGGUGAUACAAAUUCCGAAUAUAUUUACGGAAGUGAUUGCAUAGACGAAUGCACAGGAACGCCUGAUUCCUGCGCAGGACAGCCGGUAACAUUAGAUUGUCAUUGCAAAGCUGGCUUUAGAAAAGAUUCAACUGGAACAUGUGUAACAGACACCAGCUGCUCUUGCACUGAUCCCAACGCUGAAUUUAAAUCCGGAAAGCCCUGUGAUGAUGAAUGCACUUCACCAGUAACGUGUCCUACCGACGAUUGCUACAAAGACUGCUUCUGCAAGGAUGGAUAUAAAAGUAUCGCUGGAACUUGUACUCCUGAAGCUCAAUGUUGCACAGAUCCAAAUGCUGAAUACGUUUUGGGAAGUGAUUGCUUUGAUCAGUGUACAGGAACGCCUGAUUUCUGCGCAAGACAGCCGGUAACAUUAGAUUGUCAUUGCAAAGCUGGCUUUAGAAAAGAUUCAACUGGAACAUGUGUAGCAGACACCAGCUGCUCUUGCACUGAUCCCAACGCUGAAUUUAAAUCCGGAAAGCCCUGUGAUGAUGAAUGCACUUCACCAGUAACGUGUCCUACCGACGAUUGCUACAAAGACUGCUUCUGCAAGGAUGGAUAUAAAAGUAUCGCUGGAACUUGUACUCCUGAAGCUCAAUGUUGCACAGAUCCAAAUGCUGAAUACGUUUUGGGAAGUGAUUGCUUUGAUCAGUGUACAGGAACGCCUGAUUCCUGCGCAGGACAGCCGGUAACAUUAGAUUGUCAUUGCAAAGCUGGCUUUAGAAAAGAUUCAACUGGAACAUGUGUAGCAGACACCAGCUGCUCUUGCACUGAUCCCAACGCUGAAUUUAAAUCCGGAAAGCCCUGUGAUGAUGAAUGCACUUCACCAGUAACGUGUCCUACCGACGAUUGCUACAAAGACUGCUUCUGCAAGGAUGGAUAUAAAAGUAUCGCUGGAACUUGUACUCCUGAAGCUCAAUGUUGCACAGAUCCAAAUGCUGAAUACGUUUUGGGAAGUGAUUGCUUUGAUCAGUGUACAGGAACGCCUGAUUCCUGCGCAGGACAGCCGGUAACAUUAGAUUGUCAUUGCAAAGCUGGCUUUAGAAAAGAUUCAACUGGAACAUGUGUAGCAGACACCAGCUGCUCUUGCACUGAUCCCAACGCUGAAUUUAAAUCCGGAAAGCCCUGUGAUGAUGAAUGCACUUCACCAGUAACGUGUCCUACCGACGAUUGCUACAAAGACUGCUUCUGCAAGGAUGGAUAUAAAAGUAUCGCUGGAACUUGUACUCCUGAAGCUCAAUGUUGCACAGAUCCAAAUGCUGAAUACGUUUUGGGAAGUGAUUGCUUUGAUCAGUGUACAGGAACGCCUGAUUCCUGCGCAGGACAGCCGGUAACAUUAGAUUGUCAUUGCAAAGCUGGCUUUAGAAAAGAUUCAACUGGAACAUGUGUAGCAGACACCAGCUGCUCUUGCACUGAUCCCAACGCUGAAUUUAAAUCCGGAAAGCCCUGUGAUGAUGAAUGCACUUCACCAGUAACGUGUCCUACCGACGAUUGCUACAAAGACUGCUUCUGCAAGGAUGGAUAUAAAAGUAUCGCUGGAACUUGUACUCCUGAAGCUCAAUGUUGCACAGAUCCAAAUGCUGAAUACGUUUUGGGAAGUGAUUGCUUUGAUCAGUGUACAGGAACGCCUGAUUCCUGCGCAGGACAGCCGGUAACAUUAGAUUGUCAUUGCAAAGCUGGCUUUAGAAAAGAUUCAACUGGAACAUGUGUAGCAGACACCAGCUGCUCUUGCACUGAUCCCAACGCUGAAUUUAAAUCCGGAAAGCCCUGUGAUGAUGAAUGCACUUCACCAGUAACGUGUCCUACCGACGAUUGCUACAAAGACUGCUUCUGCAAGGAUGGAUAUAAAAGUAUCGCUGGAACUUGUACUCCUGAAGCUCAAUGUUGCACAGAUCCAAAUGCUGAAUACGUUUUGGGAAGUGAUUGCUUUGAUCAGUGUACAGGAACGCCUGAUUCCUGCGCAGGACAGCCGGUAACAUUAGAUUGUCAUUGCAAAGCUGGCUUUAGAAAAGAUUCAACUGGAACAUGUGUAGCAGACACCAGCUGCUCUUGCACUGAUCCCAACGCUGAAUUUAAAUCCGGAAAGCCCUGUGAUGAUGAAUGCACUUCACCAGUAACGUGUCCUACCGACGAUUGCUACAAAGACUGCUUCUGCAAGGAUGGAUAUAAAAGUAUCGCUGGAACUUGUACUCCUGAAGCUCAAUGUUGCACAGAUCCAAAUGCUGAAUACGUUUUGGGAAGUGAUUGCUUUGAUCAGUGUACAGGAACGCCUGAUUCCUGCGCAGGACAGCCGGUAACAUUAGAUUGUCAUUGCAAAGCUGGCUUUAGAAAAGAUUCAACUGGAACAUGUGUAGCAGACACCAGCUGCUCUUGCACUGAUCCCAACGCUGAAUUUAAAUCCGGAAAGCCCUGUGAUGAUGAAUGCACUUCACCAGUAACGUGUCCUACCGACGAUUGCUACAAAGACUGCUUCUGCAAGGAUGGAUAUAAAAGUAUCGCUGGAACUUGUACUCCUGAAGCUCAAUGUUGCACAGAUCCAAAUGCUGAAUACGUUUUGGGAAGUGAUUGCUUUGAUCAGUGUACAGGAACGCCUGAUUCCUGCGCAGGACAGCCGGUAACAUUAGAUUGUCAUUGCAAAGCUGGCUUUAGAAAAGAUUCAACUGGAACAUGUGUAGCAGACACCAGCUGCUCUUGCACUGAUCCCAACGCUGAAUUUAAAUCCGGAAAGCCCUGUGAUGAUGAAUGCACUUCACCAGUAACGUGUCCUACCGACGAUUGCUACAAAGACUGCUUCUGCAAGGAUGGAUAUAAAAGUAUCGCUGGAACUUGUACUCCUGAAGCUCAAUGUUGCACAGAUCCAAAUGCUGAAUACGUUUUGGGAAGUGAUUGCUUUGAUCAGUGUACAGGAACGCCUGAUUUCUGCGCAGGACAGCCGGUAACAUUAGAUUGUCAUUGCAAAGCUGGCUUUAGAAAAGAUUCAACUGGAACAUGUGUAGCAGACACCAGCUGCUCUUGCACUGAUCCCAACGCUGAAUUUAAAUCCGGAAAGCCCUGUGAUGAUGAAUGCACUUCACCAGUAACGUGUCCUACCGACGAUUGCUACAAAGACUGCUUCUGCAAGGAUGGAUAUAAAAGUAUCGCUGGAACUUGUACUCCUGAAGCUCAAUGUUGCACAGAUCCAAAUGCUGAAUACGUUUUGGGAAGUGAUUGCUUUGAUCAGUGUACAGGAACGCCUGAUUCCUGCGCAGGACAGCCGGUAACAUUAGAUUGUCAUUGCAAAGCUGGCUUUAGAAAAGAUUCAACUGGAACAUGUGUAGCAGACACCAGCUGCUCUUGCACUGAUCCCAACGCUGAAUUUAAAUCCGGAAAGCCCUGUGAUGAUGAAUGCACUUCACCAGUAACGUGUCCUACCGACGAUUGCUACAAAGACUGCUUCUGCAAGGAUGGAUAUAAAAGUAUCGCUGGAACUUGUACUCCUGAAGCUCAAUGUUGCACAGAUCCAAAUGCUGAAUACGUUUUGGGAAGUGAUUGCUUUGAUCAGUGUACAGGAACGCCUGAUUCCUGCGCAGGACAGCCGGUAACAUUAGAUUGUCAUUGCAAAGCUGGCUUUAGAAAAGAUUCAACUGGAACAUGUGUAGCAGACACCAGCUGCUCUUGCACUGAUCCCAACGCUGAAUUUAAAUCCGGAAAGCCCUGUGAUGAUGAAUGCACUUCACCAGUAACGUGUCCUACCGACGAUUGCUACAAAGACUGCUUCUGCAAGGAUGGAUAUAAAAGUAUCGCUGGAACUUGUACUCCUGAAGCUCAAUGUUGCACAGAUCCAAAUGCUGAAUACGUUUUGGGAAGUGAUUGCUUUGAUCAGUGUACAGGAACGCCUGAUUUCUGCGCAGGACAGCCGGUAACAUUAGAUUGUCAUUGCAAAGCUGGCUUUAGAAAAGAUUCAACUGGAACAUGUGUAGCAGACACCAGCUGCUCUUGCACUGAUCCCAACGCUGAAUUUAAAUCCGGAAAGCCCUGUGAUGAUGAAUGCACUUCACCAGUAACGUGUCCUACCGACGAUUGCUACAAAGACUGCUUCUGCAAGGAUGGAUAUAAAAGUAUCGCUGGAACUUGUACUCCUGAAGCUCAAUGUUGCACAGAUCCAAAUGCUGAAUACGUUUUGGGAAGUGAUUGCUUUGAUCAGUGUACAGGAACGCCUGAUUCCUGCGCAGGACAGCCGGUAACAUUAGAUUGUCAUUGUAAAGCUGGCUUUAGAAAAGAUUCAACUGGAACAUGUGUAGCAGACACCAGCUGCUCUUGCACUGAUCCCAACGCUGAAUUUAAAUCCGGAAAGCCCUGUGAUGAUGAAUGCACUCCACCAGUAACGUGUCCUACCGACGAUUGCUACAAAGACUGCUUCUGCAAGGAUGGAUAUAAAAGUAUCGCUGGAACUUGUACUCCUGAAGCUCAAUGUUGCACAGAUCCAAAUGCUGAAUACGUUUUGGGAAGUGAUUGCUUUGAUCAGUGUACAGGAACGCCUGAUUCCUGCGCAGGACAGCCGGUAACAUUAGAUUGUCAUUGCAAAGCUGGCUUUAGAAAAGAUUCAACUGGAACAUGUGUAGCAGACACCAGCUGCUCUUGCACUGAUCCCAACGCUGAAUUUAAAUCCGGAAAGCCCUGUGAUGAUGAAUGCACUUCACCAGUAACGUGUCCUACCGACGAUUGCUACAAAGACUGCUUCUGCAAGGAUGGAUAUAAAAGUAUCGCUGGAACUUGUACUCCUGAAGCUCAAUGUUGCACAGAUCCAAAUGCUGAAUACGUUUUGGGAAGUGAUUGCUUUGAUCAGUGUACAGGAACGCCUGAUUUCUGCGCAGGACAGCCGGUAACAUUAGAUUGUCAUUGCAAAGCUGGCUUUAGAAAAGAUUCAACUGGAACAUGUGUAGCAGACACCAGCUGCUCUUGCACUGAUCCCAACGCUGAAUUUAAAUCCGGAAAGCCCUGUGAUGAUGAAUGCACUUCACCAGUAACGUGUCCUACCGACGAUUGCUACAAAGACUGCUUCUGCAAGGAUGGAUAUAAAAGUAUCGCUGGAACUUGUAUUCCUGAAGCUCAAUGUUGCACAGAUCCAAAUGCUGAAUACGUUUUGGGAAGUGAUUGCUUUGAUCAGUGUACAGGAACGCCUGAUUCCUGCGCAGGACAGCCGGUAACAUUAGAUUGUCAUUGCAAAGCUGGCUUUAGAAAAGAUUCAACUGGAACAUGUGUAGCAGACACCAGCUGCUCUUGCACUGAUCCCAACGCUGAAUUUAAAUCCGGAAAGCCCUGUGAUGAUGAAUGCACUUCACCAGUAACCUGUCCUACCGACGAUUGCUACAAAGACUGCUUCUGCAAGGAUGGAUAUAAAAGUAUCGCUGGAACUUGUACUCCUGAAGCUCAAUGUUGCACAGAUCCAAAUGCUGAAUACGUUUUGGGAAGUGAUUGCUUUGAUCAGUGUACAGGAACGCCUGAUUCCUGCGCAGGACAGCCGGUAACAUUAGAUUGUCAUUGCAAAGCUGGCUUUAGAAAAGAUUCAACUGGAACAUGUGUAGCAGACACCAGCUGCUCUUGCACUGAUCCCAACGCUGAAUUUAAAUCCGGAAAGCCCUGUGAUGAUGAAUGCACUUCACCAGUAACCUGUCCUACCGACGAUUGCUACAAAGACUGCUUCUGCAAGGAUGGAUAUAAAAGUAUCGCUGGAACUUGUACUCCUGAAGCUCAAUGUUGCACAGAUCCAAAUGCUGAAUACGUUUUGGGAAGUGAUUGCUUUGAUCAGUGUACAGGAACGCCUGAUUCCUGCGCAGGACAGCCGGUAACAUUAGAUUGUCAUUGCAAAGCUGGCUUUAGAAAAGAUUCAACUGGAACAUGUGUAGCAGACACCAGCUGCUCUUGCACUGAUCCCAACGCUGAAUUUAAAUCCGGAAAGCCCUGUGAUGAUGAAUGCACUUCACCAGUAACGUGUCCUACCGACGAUUGCUACAAAGACUGCUUCUGCAAGGAUGGAUAUAAAAGUAUCGCUGGAACUUGUACUCCUGAAGCUCAAUGUUGCACAGAUCCAAAUGCUGAAUACGUUUUGGGAAGUGAUUGCUUUGAUCAGUGUACAGGAACGCCUGAUUCCUGCGCAGGACAGCCGGUAACAUUAGAUUGUCAUUGCAAAGCUGGCUUUAGAAAAGAUUCAACUGGAACAUGUGUAGCAGACACCAGCUGCUCUUGCACUGAUCCCAACGCUGAAUUUAAAUCCGGAAAGCCCUGUGAUGAUGAAUGCACUUCACCAGUAACCUGUCCUACCGACGAUUGCUACAAAGACUGCUUCUGCAAGGAUGGAUAUAAAAGUAUCGCUGGAACUUGUACUCCUGAAGCUCAAUGUUGCACAGAUCCAAAUGCUGAAUACGUUUUGGGAAGUGAUUGCUUUGAUCAGUGUACAGGAACGCCUGAUUCCUGCGCAGGACAGCCGGUAACAUUAGAUUGUCAUUGCAAAGCUGGCUUUAGAAAAGAUUCAACUGGAACAUGUGUAGCAGACACCAGCUGCUCUUGCACUGAUCCCAACGCUGAAUUUAAAUCCGGAAAGCCCUGUGAUGAUGAAUGCACUUCACCAGUAACGUGUCCUACCGACGAUUGCUACAAAGACUGCUUCUGCAAGGAUGGAUAUAAAAGUAUCGCUGGAACUUGUACUCCUGAAGCUCAAUGUUGCACAGAUCCAAAUGCUGAAUACGUUUUGGGAAGUGAUUGCUUUGAUCAGUGUACAGGAACGCCUGAUUCCUGCGCAGGACAGCCGGUAACAUUAGAUUGUCAUUGCAAAGCUGGCUUUAGAAAAGAUUCAACUGGAACAUGUGUAGCAGACACCAGCUGCUCUUGCACUGAUCCCAACGCUGAAUUUAAAUCCGGAAAGCCCUGUGAUGAUGAAUGCACUCCACCAGUAACGUGUCCUACCGACGAUUGCUACAAAGACUGCUUCUGCAAGGAUGGAUAUAAAAGUAUCGCUGGAACUUGUACUCCUGAAGCUCAAUGUUGCACAGAUCCAAAUGCUGAAUACGUUUUGGGAAGUGAUUGCUUUGAUCAGUGUACAGGAACGCCUGAUUCCUGCGCAGGACAGCCGGUAACAUUAGGUUGCCAUUGUAAGCCUGGUUUUAGAAAAGACAGCUCAGGAAACUGUGUGACGGACACCACAUGCCCGUGCACUGAUCCCAAUGCUGAGUAUAAAUCCGGAAAGUCUUGUGAUUACGAUUGCGUACCUCCGGGAAAUUGUCCAACUCGUGAGUGUUACAAAGCUUGUUUCUGCAAGAAUACAUUUAAAUUGAUUGGAGGUUCUUGUCAACCGGAAACCCAAUGUACCAACGCUGCUCUAGCGAAUGCUGCUUAUGGCUACUCAAAUGACUGCAUGGAUCGCUGCUCGGGAAAUCCUGAGACUUGUAAGAAUCAACCAGUUGUAGCAGGAUUCUAUUGUAGGGAAGGAUUUCGUCGAUCGAGUGAUGGAACUUGUAUUCCAGAAGCUGAUUGUCCUUGCACUGAACCGAAUACGGAAUACAGAAUGGGGAAAGCGUGUGAAGAUGAAUGUAUUCCGCAUUCUGAUUGUGCUGCUAAAGAGUGCUACAAAGCUUGCUAUUGCAAGGAAGGAUACAAAUUAAUUGGUGGUGAGUGCAAGUUGGAAAAUGAAUGUAGUUGUCCGGGAUCAAAUGAGGAGUACACCUAUUCAAAUGAUUGCCUUGAUCUGUGUACUGGAACUCACGCGUCUUGCAAAAAUAGACCAAUAAAAAUCGGUUGUUACUGCAAGGAAGGAUUUAGAAGGAUUGAAGGAGACUGUGUUGCUGAUUCGCAGUGUACCUGUUCGGAUUCUAAUGCUGAAUACAAAUCAGGAAAUCCUUGCAGUGAUGAGUGUACUGUACCAUCUGAUUGUGCAAUGCGAACGGCAUACAAAGCUUGCUUUUGCAAAGAUGGAUACAAGAAUAUUGGAGGACGUUGCCAGUUGCAGACUAAUUGUGUAUGUCCAGCUAAUAAAGAAUACACCUACUCCAACACCUGCCUUGAGAAAUGCAAUGAGACUCCUCAAUCUUGUAAGGAUCUACCUACUGUUGCUGGAUGCUACUGCAAACCUGGCUUCAAAACAGACGAUUCUUCUUCUGAUUGUAUUCCUGAGUCUCAAUGCCAUUGCGAUGAUCCAAAUGCUGAAUACAAAUCAGGAGGGCUUUAA